UGUAAGCAAUAAAUAAUUUCAACCUUGAUAAGAUGUUAUUUACUUAUAAUAGACCAACGAAGAUGCAUGAUUUUAUGAGCAUGAACAUAAUCAAAGUUAUCCUAGUCUCCGCAAAUCUGUUUAUCCCCACUCUAUAUCCCCUCUUAAUUGGGACAAAGUUCGGCCGACAUCUAUUUAAAUACCGUGAAAUUCAUCUGUUGAUUAGUAUUGCAAAUUGCUAUAAUAUAUAAACAUCUAUUUGCCCAGCAAGCUCUGAACGCGAUAGAAACCGGUAGUGCAAUAAUAAAAUUUUUAAUUUACCUAUUUAUAAUUUUAGUGUUUCCAUUUACUUGAGAGUUUCUAUAGUGAACUGUGUGGUCCUAUAAGCAUACUCAGUGUAAACCAAAAAGUGAUUCUUGGACCAAAUCGGAAACUUUUGGUAGCUAUUGCUGUUGGUUAUAACAUGGGAAAAUCGUUGCUUGCUUUCCCAGAAUACCUCAUACAGCAGCCUCUUCUCUACUAAUAUCAACAAUUGGUAUAUUCCAGAAUCUAUAGGCCUCUAAAGCUGAAAUGGCAGCUCACAGACCGAAAAGAGUAUAUCCUGGAACCGUUUCGAUGAUAGAGCAGCCAGCUUCAGAUGGAUUGGGUAAAUUUAGAUACCAAUCAGAAACUGGUAGUGGACGAAGAGCAGGCUGUUUAUUAGGAGUUAAUACUACUAAUGAUAAUAAAAGUUUUCCGAAAAUCCGAAUCCAGGUGCAGGACCCAAAUUAUGCCGAGAAGGAACUCUUACUGAUAGUGUCUUGUGUCACAACAGAACAACCAUAUUUAGUACAUCCAAAUAAAUUAACAGGAAAUGGAUGUGAAAAUGGUGUAUUUAGGACGAAUGUAUCUAUAGGCACUUCAGCAAUCAUUGAGUUGAGAUAUAUGGGAAUUGUGCGUGUACGGAAAGGAGACGUUAAGAGUUGGUUAGAAGAACGAGAACGGAUCAAUGUUGAUCCGUAUAAAAAUGGUUUUUGCCAUAAAUCGAAUAAUCGCACUACAAUAUCCUCAAAGGCUGUUCGGUUAUGUUGCCAAGUCUUUUAUUGGGAAACCGAAAAUGGUACUAAAAAACUGCGUACGUUCUGCGAACCUGUAGUAAGUAACAUUAUUUACAGUAAAAAUAAAAAUACUGUUCCCGAUUUGGCAAUUACCAGGAUCUCAGACUGUAUUAGCGAUGCAGAUGGUAAUGGAAAGGAAAUUAUUUUAUGGUGUGGCGACGUUAAGAAAGGGGACAUAGAAGUAAAAUUCGUCAAAGAAAACGAAAACGGUGAAGUAGUAUGGGAAGCGAGGGCAACCAAAAUUGAAGUGCAGAAAAAAAACUCAUCUAUAGCUUUUCAAGCACCACCAUACCAAAUGUCUGACGGUGAAGAUAUGGUUAAUGUCAAGCUGAAGCUGUACAGACCUUCGGAUGGUAGUGAGGGUGAAGCUAGAGAUUUUUUGUAUUUAUCAACCCGUAGCGUGUGCACAUGUAGAUACUAUAGAGAAUUUUAUAAAGGAUUUGAAAAUAAUCUAUUGCAAAUACCUAAAGACAAUAGCCCUAAAACUAUGAACUAUGAUAGAAAGAGAGCGAGGUUUGAUAGAGACUUAUCCGAAAUGACAAAAACAUUACCAACACUAAAUGAAUACUCUCAGAUAAAACAGUCAACAAUAUUGUCUAUGGACUGGAAUGGAAGCUUCAGUGAAACUGCUGAGCAAAAUAUAUUUAAAUCGGAACCUCACCUUACUGAUGCCAAAAGAUUGGAUGACUAUACGCAACCAACAACCUCUUUCUAUCAGCAGCAAGCUGAUCCUCCAUCAUAUCCUUUAAAUAUAAUAAAUUCUUUCUAUCAACCGCCAAUAGUUACCCAGCCUCCCAAUGAACAAGCAAAUCCAAGUCCAAUUGUUGAACAUAACAUAUUUGACAAUAAUGGUAUGCUCUUUAAUUCAGACGAGUUUCGCAAACUUGCGAUAGAUACAAUGGAUAUGAUGCCUGAAAAUUUUCUGACCUUUGAUACUUUAACAGAAUGCGACUUUCAGACCAUGCAAGUGCCAACAGCUCAACAGAAUCACGUACAGCAGUUUCCAUCUAACAACUUUUGCCAAGAGGCAUAUAGGGCAUCGAAAGAAAACUUCUUUCAUAUGGACGGGACAAUGAAAAAAUGACUGAUAUAAUUAGUGAGAUUUGGUUUUAAAGUACAAAUUAUUAUAAAAGCAUAAUAAUUAAUUUAUAUCUUAGAUUUGACAAAUAAGAUAUUUUACUCUAGUAAAUAUUAUAAAUGAUACAAUAUUUAAUAAUUAAGUUUUAAUACCGAUUAUGUAAAUACUUUUAUUAUUAUAUAUUUUAUUUACUUAACAAAAAAAGUAGUACGUAUAUUUUUUACGAAUUUUUAAAUAUGACAUAAUGAAGUGUUAAAGUAAAAAAGUUAUAUAAUAUGUUAAAAUGAUAUGUAUAAUGGCAUCAUGACCAACCAAAAAAAAGAGUAUCUAUUU